AUGUCCCUUGUUCUCAAGAGAUUACUUCCAAUCAGAUCUACAAGUUUACUUAAUUCUAAAUUAACUCAAUUCCAAACUCAAUUACGUACAAUGGCUAUUCCUGCUACUCAGACUGGUUUCUUUUUCACUAAAGAGCAAGGGUUAAAAUACAGAACAGAUAUCCCUGUUCCAAAACCACAAGCUGGUCAAUUGUUGAUGAAGGUCAAUGCUGUGGGACUUUGUCAUUCUGACUUGCAUGUCAUUGACAAAGAACUUGAAUGUGGUGAUAAUUAUGUUAUGGGUCAUGAAAUUGCAGGCACUAUUGCAGAACUUGGUCCUGAAGUUGUAGGAUUCAAAGUUGGUGACCGUGUUGCGUGUGUUGGUCCUAAUGGUUGUGGUGUUUGUAAACAUUGUUUAACUGGGAACGACAAUGUUUGUAAGACUGCUUUUCUCGACUGGUUCGGGUUAGGUGCAGAUGGUGGCUAUGAAGAAUAUUUGUUGGUUAGAAGACCAAGAAAUUUAGUUAAAGUUCCUGAUAAUGUUUCCAUUGAAGCUGCUGCUGCUAUUACUGAUGCUGUUUUAACUCCUUAUCAUGCUGUCAAGACUGCCAAAAUUAAACCAACUAGUAAUGUUUUGGUUGUUGGUGCUGGUGGAUUAGGUGGAAAUGGUAUUCAAAUUGUUAAAGCAUUUGGUGGUAAAGUUACUGUUUUAGAUAAGAAACAAAAGGCUCGUGAUCAAGCUAAAAAAUUGGGUGCUGAUGAGGUCUAUGAUGAAUUACCAGCAAGUAUUGAGCCAGGAUCAUUUGAUGUUUGUCUUGAUUUUGUUUCUGUUCAAGCCACUUAUGACAUUUGUCAAAAGUACUGUGAACCAAAAGGAAUUAUUAUUCCAGUUGGUUUAGGUGCCCCAAAACUUGCAAUUGAUUUGGCUGAUUUGGAUCUCCGUGAAAUUACUGUUACUGGUACAUUCUGGGGUGCUGCCAACGAUUUGAGAGAGGCAUUUGAAUUGGUUAGUCAAGGAAAGAUCAAACCUGUUGUUUCUCAUGCUCCAUUGAAAGAAUUACCAGAUUACAUUGAAAAAUUGAAGAAAGGUGCAUAUGAAGGAAGAGUUGUUUUCCAUCCAUGA